GGAAGUUGGGAAAGGAACCGUCGCCUCAGUCAUCAUUGUAAACAAGUGUAGAUUUUAUUGUGACAUUUCUAUCAUUUCCUGAAAUUUAAUUCUCAUGACUCGAAAGCGAUGGAGGUUAUAGAAUCUUUAAUUAAUAAGGCCGAUUAUUUAAUAGAACAAAGUCAUGAGAUGCUGGUUCAGGGUGGAAGUGCUUCCAUUCAAGCACAGCCACUCUUCAGGAAGCUAGCUGCAAUUUAUGCUGAAGAAGCAAUCAAAACACCAAAGCUGAAGAGCAUCAGUUUGACACACAAGCUUCUUGAAAAACUAGUGAAAAGAGAAAGUUUGAAUUGCCUGGUUGUAAAUCUUUACCGAGGUAAUGAGGGCUAUUCUCUUGCCAUUAAGAUGUCUUCUGGACUGGAGACUGAAACUGUACGAUUGUCAUAUGAAGAGGAUGAUUUUCUUAGUUAUAUCGAUAAUGAAAAAUUACCCCCAAUGUUAUUAGAUCUAUUGGAUGAAUCCAAUAUUGAAAUUUAUUAUUCUGGUUGUGUUAUUGCUGAAAUAAGAGAUUACAGGAGAACUCUGGACUCUUCAUAUGAUACUAGAUAUGUUCUUUUACAACCAACAAGUCAGUCGUUGGCAGCAGACAUUGCAGCGAUGACGCGAGACCGUGACUGGACCCCAGAGGAAAAACUGCAUCUUGAAGCUGAAAUUGUAAAGCGCACUGCCCCUCCCCUAAAUCUCUCUCCAUCACCCAUGGUGGCUAUUAUAAAUAAUAAACUUCAUCAGCGUAAAUACAAAUUCUCAACAGUCCCUAUUAAAAGAGCAGCUAGAAGAUUUAGUCAGAUUGCACAGAAUCGUCAGAAGAAAUCUGAAGAAGCUCCAGCACCAAAAUGUCUAAGAUUACAUAAUUUCCUCAGUGGGAAAAAGGACAAAAGACCCAUUGCCAAAGCAAUAACAAAGCCUCUUAUUCCAAUGGCCAUGGAUGAAGCUCCAGAUUUAACUGUUCCAGAAAAUAUAGAUGUUUCAAAAGUGGCACGUACAUAUGAACGACCAAAUUAUACAACAGAUAACUCUCUUGUAUUCAUUGAGGAAUUGGUGCUUGAGACUGAAAGAGGACAGGGAAGGAUCUACCACACAAAGCUGACAAUAUCUCAAAGGAAGACAGAUGAGGUGUAUUUUGGCGAAUUGUAUGUUGACCGUGAUUACCAGGAGGGAAAGCAAAAUGGAUCCACAUGCAAAUUUCCAUUGGGAACCCAGCAGCAGGUGUGUCGAUACAUUCAGCAGUUCAAAGAAAUAUUUACUGAAGACUGGAGGAAGAGUGUUAAAAUAACACAUAGGGUGGCAGGACAAGCAGCACUCUCCACAUUCAUGCCUGGGACCUACAAAAAGGAUAUAGCUGACUCUCUUAAACAAUCUGCUGCACAGCAACCUGGCCAGCAGCAGAUUCAAGUGCAAGCACAACAACAGCCUCAACAAACACAGCAGCAACCACAACAACAACAACCAAUACAACAGCAGGCAGCAGCUGCAGUAGCUGCAGCAGCUGUAGCAGCUGCAGGAGGACCUACAGGAGUUGUUCCUGUUUCCAUUGCUACCACACUGGCUCAGCACACACAGCCUAAUGUCAUUAUUGUUUCAAAUGGUGAAGGUGUCAAAAAGUCUGUCACAGUUGUAACAAAACCUAUAACUGUGUCAUCGGCAUCAACACUUACCAGCCUUAUAUCGGCUCAGCCUGUCCAACAAGCUGCAGGCCCACAGCAACAAGUGGUAGUUGGGCGCAGUGUAAACCUAACAAACUUCCUGAGUGGACGAGCAACAGCCACCGCAGCUGGAGUAGUGGGUAUGACAGGAGGCAUCACUGGAUCAGCUAAAUUAGCAGUUGCUGUUACAACAGGUCCAGGGGCAUCAAAAAUCUCUCUCCCAUCCUUACAAACCCAACUAAAUCGUCCAGUUCCAGCAUAUUCGCAGGCAGUGUCCUUACCCAAAACUCAGAUCUCAUCGCCUUCCCUGACGGCACUUCUGAAGGGCACUGUGCCAGCAAACUCUCAGACGGUCUCCAUAGCAAAACCACAGGUUGUGAGCCUAGUUGGUGGUGUAAGUGACUCUACAGGACAUACUAAGACUGUGGCCAAUACUGAGUCCUCUUCCUCCUCCACUGGCAGCAUGUCUGGUCUGGAAGCAUUACUUGCAGGAACCCCAUCAGCUGAUAAUCCUGCCCCACAGAGAGGUGGUCCAUCACUUCUGGAACGUCUCUCUGCUCAAACCUCUGGUUCUAUCACUGCUCCUGCAGCAGUAAGUAAGGACAGUGGCAUUGUGAAGGUUGGCAGUGGUGUAGGGGCACCAUCAAGUCAGACUAAUGUUGGCAGUUCUGCAGCAGCAGCAGUUCUGCGAAGUGACAGUGGCAGUGGUGGUCCUCCUCCCAACAUCAAUAUUGCCAGUCUCAACCUUCCUGGCCUCAAUGUAGCAGGACUGCAGAGUCUCACAGCAAACUUAGGUGGACUACAAAAUGUACAAGUCUCAAUCCCAGGCCUUGCUGUUCCAAUUUCACUCUCUUUAAAUGUUCCUGUCACAAGUUCUACUGGUGUGAUAUUAUCAUCACCACCACCUUCAAGUGUAGCAACAAAGGUUUCAGGUUCAACUGCAGUAACAUCAGCUGCAACAGUAAUGAUUGCAAGCCAGCCAACUCUUCAGCAAGGGCAAGUUGUACAACUACCAAUAGGCCAGUUGAGUUCUUCUCAGUUAGCAGCACAGUUAACUAAGUCAAGCACGCAGCAGGGUGGGUCUUCUUCAACUAUACCUGUAUUGCAGCUGCAGGGCGUUGGGGGCCCCUUGUUCACCCCGGUACGAGGAGGAGGUGCUGUGAGUAGUGCAGGAGGAGGGGUAACAUCUGCUGGAAACUCUCUCACACAGCAGACAGUGCAGGUUGCUCUCCCAGCAGGACAGGGGACUGGGACCGUGGUGUCAGGUGGUGAUACGAACCUAGGUGUAGCGCACACAACGACUGUAUGUGCUACUCAGGCAUCUGUUGUUAGUUUAACUGCAAAACAGCAGCUCCAGCUAGCAUUGCAGAAAUCAGGUCCUCUCAGCAUUUCACAACUACAGUUGCAACAAAAGUUAGCAGCACUUGCCAAACGUCAACAACAUCAGUUGCAAAACCAUCAGCAGCAACAGCAGCAACAACAGCAGCAGCAACAGCAGCAGCAACAACAGCAACAACAACAACAGCAACAACAACAACAGCAACAACAACAACAACAGCAGCAGUAGUUAUGAUAUUCAUUAUUACUUUUAUGAAAGAAUUAGUCAUAUUUUGAAAGUAAUAAAAAUAUAUAAAAGACAUUGCAUUAUUGAAAGUUAUGUACAAAGUGGAUUGUGCAAUAUGUUAUCUUCUCAAUAGAAUGCCAUCUUCCAGUAGAUACAAAUACAUAUGCAUUUUCCUAUUAGUAUAUUGUUCCUAAUUCUUCAAAAUGUUUCUUUUUUCCUCCAUCACUCUUUACCUCACUUUUCUUUUUCUACUCUACAUUUUAUCUAUCUCAGUCCUUGUAUAUAUUUUACCAACCUUUCUCUGUAUCUACUUCUCAUAAAAUCACCUUACUUCUCAAGUUUGAAGUGCAUUAUUAAAAUCUUUGCACUAAAUUGUUGAAAGUGUGCAAAUUUUGUUGAAUGAAGUUGAAUUCUGUGGUCCAGUUUUGUAUUUUUUCAUGUUAAUUGUAUAAAAGAUGGGUUUUGAAGUGAGUAACUAAGUGUUACUGAUGUUAUAUGUCUGAAAUAUUAUGGUUGAUGAGGUGGUCAUUUAACACACUUUUAGAAGUGUUCAUUGAGGCAAAUGUCCAAAAAGGGAUGAAUGGCAGUGAAUAUUUUGAUUAUAUGUAUUUCAUUUUAAGAUGUAAUCAAAAUGUCUCAAAUUCAUCUCUUGAGCUCAGUUCAUACCUUUUGCUGCUCCUAGAAUUGUUUAUUCAGCUUGGAAUUUCAAAAGAUUUUGUUUUAUAUCAGCCAUUUUUAAAUCCCUUAGAUGCAAACUUUGUUUAUGUUGGGCUCCCAGUCAAAAAUUCAAGGAUUUAUUUUAGUAUAUGUAUAUUCAUUUUAUCCCCUAUUUUUAUCUACCCUCUAUUCAACAAGUAUAUAUGCCGAUGCUGAAAGAUCACAACAU